CGACCAAAUUGUAACUUUCUGCAUCUAUUCUGCAUAAAUUGUAAAUAGUUAUUUUAUAGUAGCAUCAAAGACCUCCAGCCAUGUUACCUUGGACAGAUCACCUUGCAGUCUCCAUCAUGGCAGGAAACUCUUCGGUGGACAUUUUGAGCAAUGCCUUCCUGGCUGUGGAAUACGUGGACUCAUUUCUCCCUCCUAACCCCCUCCAGCCCCCACUCAAACAUGCAUGGGGCUACAUGCUGGACAACUACACCAAGUUUCAGAUCGCUACCUGGGGCUCUCUCAUCGUUCACGAGUUCAUCUACUUUCUUUUCUGCCUCCCUGGUUUCCUCUUCCAGUUCAUGCCAUUUAUGCAGAAAUACAAGAUUCAGCCGGACAAGCCAGAGACAUGGGAAAAACAGUGGAGGUGUUUCAAAAUGCUGCUGUUCAACCAUUUCUGCAUCCAGCUUCCCUUGAUAUGUGGAACGUACUACUUUACAGAGUAUUUCAGCAUCCCUUAUGACUGGGACUCAAUGCCACGCUGGCCGUACAUCCUGUUUCAGUGCUUUGGCUGUGCAGUUGUGGAGGACACCUGGCACUAUUUUCUCCACAGGCUUCUGCACCAUCGUCGGAUCUAUAAAUACAUCCACAAAGUCCACCAUGAGUUCACUUCUCCUUUUGGGAUGCAGGCCGAAUAUGCCCACCCUCUGGAGACCCUCAUCCUCGGAGCUGGCUUUUUCAUUGGAAUAAUGAUCUUCUGUAACCAUGUGUUCUUCCUGUGGGCCUGGGUGUCCUUCCGUCUGUUGGAAACUAUCGAUGUGCACAGUGGCUAUGACAUCCCACUCAACCCAAUGCACCUAAUCCCAUUCUACGCUGGGGCCCGUUUCCAUGACUUCCACCACAUGAACUUUGUCGGAAAUUACGCCUCUACCUUCACUUGGUGGGACAAGCUUUUCAACACAGACAGCCAGUACAACAAAUUCAUGAACAAAAAGGAGGAUAAGAAAGAACAGUAAUACACUCGCUAAUGGACUUGAUAUAGUACAACCAUUAUUCCAUCAUCACCAUUUGUGCCUUUUGCAUCAUCAAAACAAUUCCUGUGUUAUUUGUUCUGUUUGGCACUGAUGAAUAAAUGUUCUGCCAUGUAUAUUGCUUCUUUAUCAGACUCAGAAUGUCUCAGCACUUUAGCACUUCCUCUUUAAGGGAAUUACAAAAUACACUAUCCAGAGAAAGUAAUUUUGUUGUACGUUUAUUUAUCUAUAAAGAAUUUCAUUUCAUUGAGGAAUUAAAGCUUGUUUUGACUGGGCACAUAAUUGUCUAUUUUCUUAUGGUUUUUGUUAUGAAACUGUUUACAGUGUCUUGUAAGCCCAUAUGGGCUGGGCACAAAUGUGCAAGACACUAUAAUAAUAAAAAUCAAUCAAUCAAUGUAUAUUGUAUGCUUAAAUAAAACUGUAGCCCAAUGUAA